AUGAAGAAAAAGUUGUUGCAGCGGCUGGUCGAAAAGAAAACGCCGCCGAGCUACGAGACGGUCAAGAUAGCGUCCAAGUGGGGGCACAAGGUUCUCUUCACGCCUCCGUACCACCCGGAGUCGCAGCCCAUAGAGGUCAUAUGGGCUGCGAUCAACGCAUAUAUAGGAGGAUGA